AUGGCCACUUCUGUCGAAGCUGGAGGCGCGUGGACAACUCAGGAAGAUAUUGUGUUGUGUUCGCCUCGAACGGAAAUGGCCUUGGCCAGUAGAUGGAAAAUUUUAAAUAAAGAGUUAGGGAAAUGGAGAGAUUCCUUGGCAAAAGAGAGGGACAACGUUCGAAGCGGUCAAAAUCUUGCUGAUGAGAUCCUACAAGCACAAAUGUGGUUCGGUGCUAUGGGGCAAGGCAAAAAAAGUUUCCUGAGUCACCAAUGUUGGGAAGUUGGGAAGAAUUGUUCGAGAUUCAAAAUUAUUUCCAACGGUCCGUCGGUUGUGUUGAAUGAGACGCCGCUCCACGAUUCGCUGGCAACCGAUUAG